GGAAGGGAGAUCUAUUUCAUUCGUAGUGAUAAAAUUACCAACUUCUCUAUAUUGUGACCCCAAUAUCUAUUAUUUCAGCCGAAAGUUCAAUACAAGACUAAAUGAGAAAGCAGUUUUCAUGUUUUAUCCCAGAUUGAAUGGUCGAAAUGGGAGACCUACCGUACUUGACUUGUUUGGUUCUUUACAUAUUUUCUUUCCAAAUUAUUGCUACGAAUUCUCGUACAUCUAACAUUUGGAAACUUAAUCCAGAAGAAGGUACAAUAGUUGACGGCAAUACGUUGACCCAGGAUGACACUGAUAAGCAAAAAAUGACUGAAGAAGACCCCAUAUUCAACAUAAUAACCUCCACUGUGUAUUAUGGGAACACCUGGACCAAACAUGGCUUUGACAUGUUUUGUACGGACUGCCAAGCUUAUGAACAGCAAAGAUCUGGUGUUGAAAAUGGUGACGAAUCAAUACUGACUGACACAAAUGGUGAAGUUGAGGAUGAAUACUUAGACUGUGGGAAGGCUGUCAACUUCACAUACUAUGACAACCUUGUGGGUGUGGCCAGACGCCAUAGACAUCCUAAUGUUCCUGAGCCACAGGUGGCUCUUAUAUUCACAAAAAAGAAGUCCUUUAAAAAUGGUGUGACAGAGCUAGACAUAAAUGCUCUGGAGAAACGUCUAAAGAAAGCCAAGAGAGAGAAACCAAAGUCUGUACAACUGUAUAAUCAGAUUGGCAACUUUUGGAGAAUUAAGGGCGACACUAGGCAGAGCAUUGAGUGCUUCCGACGGGCCUUGGCUGUGUCUCCUUACAAUGCAGAAGUGCUCCUGAACCUGGCACGCGUGCUAUUCACCCUCCAGUACCUGGACGACGCUAUCUACCUGACGCGCCGUUCGCUCGAGGUUCAGCCUCCGGACCGCAGCGCGUGGCAGCAGUACUUCACCCUUGGGGAGAUAUUCAAAGCUUAUGGACAUUAUCAGGAAGCAGCGGUACAUCUCAAGCACGCGUUAGACCUGAGACCGGACUUCGAACCGGCGCUGACGGCGCUAAAGGACAUUGAGAACAUACCGGAGGCCAACGUGCAUGUGUACACGCUCCUUAUUAUUGUGUGCUUGGUGAUGGGCGUCCUCCUCGUAAUCCUCUCAUCCGUGGACAACAACGGCGAAGCGGAGGAGCACAAAACGCAACGCCACUUCAACCGCGCCAUGGCCAUGCGCUCGCUCCGAGGCGUGGCCUUACCCGGCUCGCGCGGCCGCAAGAAAGGCGGCUCCUAAACGGGCGGCGAGCUGGUCUAAUGUCUAUUGUAUUUCGUUGGGUUUAAAUUGUUUGGAUGUUUAUAAUUUCUAGAUAAUAAAUUGACCUUCUGAACGCCGAGCACACCUAAAGCGUCGUGCGCUUAGCGCCAUGAACAUCUAUAAAUGUUAUGGCGUACAGUUAAGUUGCGUUUUCACUUAGUGUUCUGAACAGUUCUCAGCGAGCAUUCGUUUGUUUGUGAAACCAAUAAAGGUAUGAAAGUCAAGUGUUUUCAUCCGCGCACGAACGAACGAAUGCCCGUUCAGAACUGUUCAGAACACUAAGUUAAAAUGCAGCUUUAAAGUACCUAACUAUACCUAACAUUCACAAUUUCGAUGAUCGCUGGCACCCUUGACUUUGGUGUGUAUGAGACGUUUCUGUUUAUGACGUCUGGCGUUCAAAGGGUGAAAGGUAAAUGCUCGAAUAAUGUUACCAGCUAAGAAAGAAAUACUAAAUAAAAUAAGUCAUUAAAUCUGUCCAAUGGUACAAGCUUUUAUUGCCGACUGUACUUUAUUGUAAAGUCAUCAACUAAUAGAUAGUUCAAAGUAGAUAAGGUUAUGAUUUAUUACAGUUCCUAAACAAAAUUGAUCGUGCAAAACUUGCAUGUCAGUCUUACCAUUUAGCACGUCACCACAGGGUAUCUCUCCUAAAAUAUGUUUUAAGUCUAGAAAUUAUAAACAGUAUUGUUUUAUUAAGUGAAGGAAAUUAGAAAUCUGAUUUGGUUAAUGCUCAGUUAGGAGUUCUUAAUUAUUACUUUAUGGAGGUUGUGAUUAAAUUACUUAAUUUUUAUAUCACAGACAUUAGACCGGCGAUCUUUAUAACAUUUUAUUGCUUGAUAAUUACAAAAUUGACAGCUAAAAUGUUCCAGUAUCGCUAUUGAUAUCUAUGAGUAAGAAACCGAUGUUGUGGUACUGUUUCGUGAAAUAUUUUAAUAAUAGUGAGUAACUUGCAUUUAAAGUUGAGUUGUGAUUGAAAAACUAGAAUUUUAAAGCGAUGGGGAAAAUAGUCAUAUUUAUAUUUCAAUGUCCAAUUGUCAGAUUGCUAAAAUUUGACGAAACAGUGCUACAAAGAGAGGCUAAUGUACAAAAGUGACCUAACCGGUCUUGCCAUGUCUAAUUUGAUCUCUGCUUUGUAGUCUUCACCUAUUGAUAGUUCCCUAACGUGUGGUUUUUCCUUUUAGCGGUUUCGGUAUUUCGAACGCCUCAAAUUUUUACAAAUGUUAAUCUACAAGAAAAACCUGGUUCUUGUCAUAAUGUAGGUAUUUUAUUCUAAGACUUAUUUAACUGCUAAUGCUUUAUAAGCAAUAAUAUUAAUACAUAACUACAUGAAAGGCAAUGGAAUAAAAUAAACCUCGAAUUUGAAGUCAUAAUCAAAAAUAAUAGUUAUAUUUUUGCAAAUUAUUACUCCUUGAGCAGUAUUAUAAGGGAUCUACAUAUGAAGCGCGGUUUGGUCUGAAGACUCGGGUCGGUUGUGGCGUGCAAGCCUAGGAUCGUCUACUUUUGCAACCUAGUCAUUCACUUAGACAAGUGGGCCGAGGGGCCGUGUGUGUUUCGUUAGUAGUGCAUGCAAAUAACUUGUUAAGUGUUCGUAGUGUCUAAGGAUUUAAAGGGAGGAGCGUCUUAAAUUCUGAGAUUGGUGAAAAAUGUACCUGUUUUCAGUGGUUCUUUUGUUAAUUUUUGACUAUUUAUUACUUAAUACAUGAUUGUCUUAGCAUCAA